GUGCGUCGUUUGUGAAAGUAGUUCCGGGCACUUAACCCAAACGGGGGAGAGUCCCGGAUGUUGUCUCGGCCGCCGAGAGAAAGGCGAACGGGAGAAGGCGGAGAGAAGCUGAGGAGGGACGCCACGGCACCGCGGGCACACCGGCGAAGCCACGACUACGGCCGGCUCUUUGCACAGGACGAUACCGCCGAGAGCACGGGACACUCCUGGGGAGCCUCUGCCAGCUGAAGAAGAGGAGGUGGAAAGAAGGGGAGGGGGCAGUUACUCUGAAAACUACCGUCAGGAUUACAGAGCGCCACCGUCACAGCAGCUUUCACCCAGAAGUUGACCUGCAGAAGAAGUUACGCUGAUGUCUUGAGCUGAGGGAGACUUUAUCCUCUACCUGUCACUCGUCUCCGUUUGUUAUUCCACACCUGGUCUGCUCUCCAUCAGUCACCGAGCUCCAACUGCAACCACCGCCACCUCCACCUGUUCCCCAUCCCCCCCCCUCCUGCCCAGCCUGCCGUCACCAUGACGUCGGAGCUGGAGAGCAGCCUGACCUCCAUGGAUUGGCUUCCUCAGCUGACCAUGCAGGCGGCCAUCCGCAAGGCGGACGCCCAGAAUGCCCACGGGCCAGGCAUGGGCAAGAAGAGUGCCCUACUGGAUCCUAACACCACGUUGGACCAGGAAGAGGUGCAGCAGCACAAAGACGGCAAACCGCCCUACAGCUACGCCAGCCUCAUCACGUUUGCCAUCAACAGCUCGCCAAAGAAGAAGAUGACACUGAGUGAGAUCUACCAGUGGAUCUGUGAUAACUUUCCCUACUACCGGGAGGCGGGCAGUGGCUGGAAGGUCCAUUCCAAGGUUGGCCUUACAGCAACAAAGCAGAACUCAAUACGGCACAAUCUGUCAUUGAACAAGUGUUUUCUCAAAGUGCCUCGCUCCAAAGAUGACCCAGGAAAGGGGUCUUACUGGGCCAUCGACACCAACCCAAAGGAGGACGCCUUGCCUACACGGCCAAAAAAGAGGCCGAGGUCUGGAGAGCGGGCUUCUACGCCGUACAGCCUGGAGUCGGAGUCUUUGGGGAUGGAGUGUAUGAUCUCUGGAAGUGCCUCUCCAACGCUGGCAAUCAACACUGUGACUAACAAGGUGGCGUUGUACAACACAGACCAAGAAGGGAGCGAUAGUCCAAGAAGCAGCCUUAACAACAGCCUGUCUGAUCAGAGUCUGGCCUCUGUCAAUCUCAACAGUGUGGGAAGUGUGCACAGCUAUACACCGGUGACCAGUCAUCCAGAGCCCGUGUCCCAGUCUAUGAGCCUCCAACAGCCCCCCCAGUCCCAGUACAAUAUGCCAGACAGGGAUAAGCAGCUCCUGUUCUCUGAAUUUGAAGAUCUCAGUGCCUCCUUCCGCAGCCUUUACAAGUCUGUUUUUGAGCAGUCCUUCAGCCAACAAGGUCUGAUGGGCAUACCGUCAGAUUCCUCCCAGCAGACUCACACCUCGUGCUCCUAUCAGCACUCCCCCAGUGGCACCAUUAGCACUCAGAACAGCCUGUCAAACAACCAACCCAACAAUCACCCCAACAGCCACUCCGCCAACAGUGGCCAGGUGCCCCUGUCCCAUCCUGCCCAAGCCCACCCCGGCCACGGCUCGCCACACGCACAGCACCUCCCGCAGCACGGCGGCCCCCACAACCAACACAACCAACACAACCAACAUGCCCAGCACAGCCAACACAGUCAGCACCCACAGCACCCCCAGCACGCUGCGCACUCCCAGCACGGGCAGCACCCAUCGCAGCACCCAUCCCACGGCCAGCACCCACAGCAACACACGCCACACCCCUCCCAACACACGCAGCACAGCCAGCACCCCUCUCAACACGGACCGCAGCAUCAGAGCCUCUCCCACCAGCCCCAUCCUACCCAGCAACAGAUGGCCUGCAACACAGGUUUACUGUCUGACUGGUACCCAAAUCUGGAUGCACUGAAAGAAAGCUGUCGUAUUGCUAGCAGCUAUAACUGGGCUGAUGUCGACCUUUCACCUUUCCAAGGAUUAAGAGAGAGUAUGAGACAAGCGGAGUUGAACAAUUGGUCCCUGGAACCCACCCAGAUCGCAGACCUCUGCUCGUCCAUCAACCAGUUUUUUGCCCGCACCGGUGUAAUCCAGCCACAAGGGACAGUGCAGCCUCCUGUUUGUCAUGGCUCCAUGCACCCCAACAAACCCAGCCAGCACAUCAACACAGGAAAUCUCUACAUGGAUUCCAGACAGAGCAUGUCCAUGAUGGGUCCUCCAGGAUAUCCCCACAUGCCCCCCAUGAGCAGCACAGGACCCACAAUGACAGGACACCAUGCACAGAUGAACCAGCAGCACAUGAUACCUACCAGAAACUUCCAGAUGCAUCGCAUGCCAGCUGAUGACAUCCAGGAUGAUUUUGAUUGGGACUCCAUUGUCUAGCCCCUUAGACCUCUGUUUGCAAACAAAAGGGAGCGAGGAGAGGAGUUGGAAGCCAGAGGAAGCCAGGCUGAGCUGAAAGGCCACAAGAGAAGGAGGAGGAGGAGGAGGAGGAGGAGGAGGAGGCCACUGUGGGUGGGAUGCAGAAGAACAUUUGACAAGCUUUGGAGAAAGACAGACUACAGUGUCCUGACAUUUUUACAAAAGCAAAACAUAACUAGAAAAUGUUACUUUGAAGACAAUCAUAUUUAGUCGGACAUGUUAAAGUGAUGAUGCUUAUGUACUUGUCUAGAGACAAGUAGAACACAUUCACGUCUAAACCACAUGCUCCUCAGCUCCUCAGCCAGCCCUCUCCCCGUCCCUAGCCAGCAGCCUUCCAAAGUCCGAACCCCUCUCCCCCCCGACCCCCUGCUCUGUAACUGUUAUGUGAUUUGAGCGACGUGUUCAGCUUGUAAUUCUUCUCGUGUUGACAUUGGCCUCAGCUGCCUCUUGGAUGAGUUUAUCUCUCUUUUUAAAAAUAAUUAUUUUGUUUUAUUUUAGUUUUUGAGAAACACAGGCCAUCUCUGCGAGUAAUGUGAUGUGCUCGUUGGUCACUUUUGGGAGAAAGUGGGCCCCACGUUGGCUGCAUUGGUGGUAAAGUUAGGUUUACAAUAAGUGAGGUUUUGAACAGGGUGUUAAAUGUUUAAGCAGGCUUGAUAUUAAACAAACCAACAGAGAAAGUAAGAGAGAGAGAGAGAGAGAGAUCACAGAAAGUAUUGUGAUCUGAUUUCAUAGCCAAUCAAUGUAAUCAGGCUCACUGCAACAGACUAGUUAUGGGAGUUUUUUUUCUUAGUUCUUUGUCUCAAGCACUUCAAGAUGAGUGAAUAUGAUGAGUGUGCGGAGAAAGUGAAAGCAGGGAAGCCAGACAUUUUUGUUGUCUUUUUAAAAGUCAUUCAACCCAAAGUAACCCGAGGUUUAGGUUCUCUGUGUGCAUCAUGUCGGUUAGUAAUUGCUUUACCAAUCAGAAGCUGUUGUAACGUUAAAAUACUAAACAGAUUUACAUUUUCAAGCCAGUUUUAAUGGUAAAGUUCAUCAGUUUUAGAUGAGAAGCCUAUUGAUCAUUAAACAAGCCAUCUGACUGCUACAUUCAUAAGGCCGAUGUAAGGAUGGACUGAUACUAGCUUAUCACCAAUUUGUCAAAUACUGGCAUAUGUCAGCUAAUGUAACAAUAAAUUGCAGCACAGAAAUUUCAAAGAUAUGUUUGAAAUAACUUUGUUAGAGUUUGACAACCAGAGAGCACCGGGAAGUCAAUUUCCAAACUGUGAAGUGUCCCAUUCAGCACACAUCAUGAUCAUAUCUCUUUAAGAAAUAUUAAAGAAAACAAUCAUCUGAUAUAUCAUUAUCUGAUCUUUUAAACUUUCAAAUAUCGGUAUUGGUACCAGCCUAAACAAUCCAGUAUUCUUUGGUCUCUAGUUUCUAAGCAAUUUCUUGUUUAAAUGUACUGUUCAAGUCAGUGGGGUUUGGUUUUAUUAAAGGUGUAGUCCGACAUUUUGGGAAAUAUGCUUUAUUGCUUUUUUGCCAAGAGUUAGAUGAGAAGAUAUUGCUGUAAAUGUGAAGGUAGUAAGCUACAGCCAGGUUAGCUUAGCAUAAAGACUGGAAACAAGGGGCAACAGCUAGCCUAGUUCUGUCUAAUUGUAACAAAAUCUGUCUACCAGCACCUCUAAAGCUCAAUAUUUGACACAGUAUAUCUUGUUUGUUUACUCUGUACAAUAACUGGAGUGUAAAAGCAGUUUGUGGUUUGACGGGGAGUUAUGUGCCAGACUUUUUUUUGUCCGGUUGCAGUAACUUUAGAUUUAAUGUGUUAAUCAGUGAGAUUUAGAGGUGCUACUAGGCUGAUUUUAAUACCUUUGGCCAGACUCAAGCUAGCUGUUUCCCCCUGUUUUCAGUCUCUGUGCUAAGCUAAGCUAAUUGGCUGCUGCAUGUAGCUUCAUAUUUACCAUAAAGAGUAUGUGUGAGAGUAUUUCCUAAAAUGUCAAACUAUUCAUUUAAACAAAGUACACUUCAAAUUGUAUACAAACCAUAUUCUAAUAAUUUAUACUAGUGGCAGCAAAAAAAAUGUAAAGCCUCACUAACUAGUAGACUAAUAAAUGUUUUAUAAUAAACUAAUGGAGGGCUCACAUACUAGCUUCCCAAAGACAAAAAAUCUGGUGUGAAAGCUUCUUAAAUGUCCUAAUAAUUUGAUUGAUUAACGAUCAAUAGGAUAUUCAUCAAAUGUUGAACUUUACAUUUGAAAAGGGCAAAAAAAAGCAGUUUUACUGUACAUUUCUUUGAUUUGUAGAAUGAGUCACAUUCAAAUUCAUGCCUUUUUUUCCACCUAUUGUACGUCUAAAUGAGUUUCCAAUGCUACAGUCAGUGUUUAUGUGCUUCUGGCAUUUAAAUUAUGGAGAUAUAAUUCUUUUUUUAACUGCCCAAUGUUUUGUUGUGAUAGCGUAAGAUUUUGCUAUUAUUACAAUCAUAACAGAAUGACAAAUGUGACUCAUGAUACAGUGCAUACAGUGUGUGUGUAUGUGUGUGAGUGUUUGUUUAUUGGUUGAGCAUAUGGUGUGUGUGUGUGUGUGUGUGUGUGUGUGUGUGUGUGUGUGUGUGUGUGUGUGUGUGUGUGUGUGUGUGUGUGUGUGUGUGUGUUUGUUUGUUUUGGUUUUAUUGUAAUUUUAGGGCUAUGAUUGAUGGCUGCAAUCAUCUCUAUACUAUCUAUGAGCACAAAAGCAGAUGCACACAGUGAUUAAAGACUAGAUUUGAGACAUGCGUUUUUUUGUGGGAAGGGUUUCUCAAGCACAGAACAAGGAGAUCAGCGGUUCUGGAAACUUGUCCUCUGUGUCCUGUAACAAGUGGCUCCUCAAUCAGACAGGUGCUGAGCUUUAGAGACACUAUGUUUGGGGGGAAAACAAAACAAAAAAAACGCCCUUUGCACAUUUACACCUUUUUAUUGAUCGUGACCUUUUUUAAAGAUGCGAAGCACCUCCUGGAUCUCAAAAGUUACUCACUCACAUACUCAUUCAUGUCUUUUAUUCAUUCACUCACAGUUAGACUAUCUGACCCCUAGAGGCCAUUGUGAGGCACUGUCGCUAGUUGACAAUGAACCCCGAUAAUCUUUCCUCUCUGCAAUACUGCUGAACUGUGUAUGGUGCUUGCAUCUGUUCUGUGCGUCCUCAUGUAAAGGAAUACAUCAACUUUUUGGGAAAUUUGCUUUUUCUCGUCAAAAAGUUUCCGCUCCUUAUGUCUGUAGGGUAAAUAUGAAGCCAGCAGCUGGUUAGCAUAAAGACUGCAAACAGCUAGCCUGCCUCUAUCCAGAGUGAACUAAAUCAGCCUGUGAGAAUCCUCUCUACUCUCACUAAUCAACACGUUGUAUCUUGUUUGUUUUUUUUGUACAAAAACUUUAGUGUGCAAACAGUUUAUUGUUUUUACAGGGGGUUAUGUGCCAGACUGUUCGUUGGCCGGCUUCAGUCACUUCCUGGAGAUAUAACGUGUUAAUUACUUUAGAGAUGCUGGUAUUACCUUUGGAUUUAGCCAGGCUAGCUGUUUCUUGUUGUCACUCUUCGUGCUAAGCUAAGCUCACUUCUGGCUGUAGCUUCAUAUUUAACCCGACAGAUACCAGAGCGGUAACCAUCUUCUCAUCUAACUCUCAACAAGAAUGCGAAUAAGUGUAUUUCCUAAAAUGUCCAACAAUUCCUGACAGAUCAUUUAGGAGCGAAGGACUCCAGUGGUCACCAUAGUUUUUAUUUCAUAUUUGGAUGACAAUCAUGGAUUCUUUUUUAUGAUAUUGCAUAAUGUCUUUGUUAUUGUGAGAAAAGGCACUUUCAAGUCUCACACGGUUAGAACCAGCUCAGUUUUAUACUGUAGAUCUUCUGUUAGACUGUGCAGAUGAAGUCAAGUUCUCUUCUUUCAACCGAUGAUACUGCCAUUCAUUUUUAUAUUUUCAGCUAAUAUUUUUCUUUUCUUUUCCUGCCAAUCAUACCUGUCCACUCCUGCUUCUUUCUGCGACAUUUUGUCUGUCUUUGUAUAUCAGAUGUAAGCUGUAUGUGGAGGAAUGUCUUGCCUGUGGAUCUAAACUAUGAGUUUUUAAAGUUUUGUUCAACUGCCAGAAUUUCUUAAUUAGUGCUCAGACCGAAUACUUAGUCAGUUGAGUGACCCAAAUCAUGACUCUUUUAGGUGAGAGUGGGCCAAAGGACUGCAACUGAAGACAGCAGUGAAAAAGAGCAUCCAUGUGAGCAUCAUUAGGACUCUAUGGACCUACAAUAGACAACAUCCUGUGAGUCCUUGCUUGGUGUGAAGGUGACGUGUGUUUCAGUUCUUCCAGGUGAAGAGAAUGAACAUACAAGCUACUAUCUGAGCACAAAAGCCCAUGGGAAAACAAAAGAUUUGAGCUAACGGAUGUAGCUAAAAGGGAAAAAGGUGAAGACAAUGACUGGAUCACAAUCACAAUUUUACAUUAUGUCUGUAUAUGUGUGUGUGUGUGUGUGUGUGUGUGGGUGUGUGUGUGUAUAUUUGUGUGUUUGCUUGUGUGAGUUUUUUUUUUUUUUUUUUUUUUUUUUCAAAAGACAAUUUAAGUUUUUAAAUUCCGCUGGACAUGUACCUGCCAGAGAGAUUACUAUUAGUGGGAUAAAAGAUGAAAAGAUAAAAAAAAAAAGAAGCCUUGUUACAAUGUGGGAGAGAACUGCCAACAAGUACUGCUGAUUGGGGCCUAUUUUAUUCAGUGCUGGUGUGUUGUUGUGCUUGUACAUAUAUGUCUUUUCAAUCAUCCCUUUUUUCCUCUCGGGGGUGGGGUAUCAAGGCAGAGGGUGGGUCUUACUCACGAAAGACAGGAGGUAAAAGAAUAGAGUAUUUUGUUAUUGUCCAAUCAGAGGGUGACAGUAUGUAUAUAUCUAUAUUGUAUAUAUGUGAUGAAAAUACGUUGGCUUUUUGUGUGACACUACCUUUUACCUGUACUAUGGUUCUACAUUCAGUGUUUCAGUGUUGAUAAUAUAUAUUUGGUUUGUGUUUUUUUUUUCUUUCUGUUUUUUUGAUUUUGUCUUUGUCAUUUCUUGUAUUUUUUUCUCCUAUUUGUCCUUUUUUUGUUUAUUGCACGGUUUAUUACUUUUGUUGUCCAAUGAGGUGACACAGCUACUCUUUGUAUUCGUUUAGUGCUGUAAAAUAACUCAAGUGUUAUUAGAAUUGUCGAUACCACCGCCCACCCCACCCCCUUCCCCAAUAUGCAUGAAUGGCACUUAAAGAAAUAAAAUAUGGUAACUUCACUGUG